UGCACCUCAGCCCACCAAACAUCCCCUCAUCCUCAACGAGACCAAGCCCAACCAAUGUCAAUGCCACAUUAGCGAUGCACGUAUCUGCAGGAUAGCCGUGUGGCUUACGCAGGAAGGAAUCAGCGAGGAUUGAUAGGCGCCCGGGCUUAGGGGCGGCAGGCUUACGGUCAGCUGCACGGUGAUAUGGAUGCAGGAAGCGUACCCUGCGCCCGGGUUGUCCUUUUAGGAGCGAUCGACCAUACACGAUCAGCCAGGAAAAUUGAGGCGAUGACGGUACUUGCGUUCUGUUGUUUUCCCAGUGGUUCCAGCUGAGCCUCAAGACCCUCGGUCGCGACUUACAUCGACUCAAGGCAAUCAUUCCAUCCCUGUUGACCGUCAACCACGAUGGCUAGUUCAUACUUUUGUAUGAGCAAUCAGUCGAUGAUAGCUUUCUUCUUGAGCCUCAAUAUAUCUUGAUGGACGAGGGAGAAAGCGGACCUUGUCACGCUCUCCCUCGGGUCCAACCUCGAUCCAUCGCAUGGCAGACCCGCCGACCCCUCCCCACACCCCCUCCGGCUCGUCGAAAGGCACGUCAAAUGUGAACCAGGGGAAUGUGGACAAUCGUAAUAUCCCGAACAAUGGAGGAGUCGUAACUGGAAAUGUCAACGGGUUUAACACCAUAGUCGGAACACUUAAUCUAACCGUUGAUUCGGCUGCUGAACUCACUAACAAUAUUCAAACUUUUACCGCUCGGGUCGCUACGGCUGCGGAGAGGCUGAAGGAUGUUGAAACCAGAAUUCGUGCGACGGCUCAGCUUCUGGGAAGCAUUCGCGACUUGGUGAUUGCGCGAGCAGCGAAGGAAGAUAUCAACAUCGACCGAGAAUUCCGUGUUCAGAGUAGCGAUGGAACAGGAACUGGAAGCGGUAUUCCAUCAAAUGAGGGCACGACAGGUGGAAAUGCAGCUGGUGGAGGUACCAGAGGGGGCAUUCAGCCCGGACAAUCUCCAGGAGGAAGUGCAAACGAUCCAGGGCCAACUGUCUUGGAGAGACCUUGUUUUCGCGACUUGGUGAAUGCGACGAAAAGUGCGGCGGACCGAUUUGAGCGCAUCAACACCAAGAUCCAAGAGGCUUUCAACACGAUCGAGCCUAUGCGACGAGGACGACCCAAGAUUGAACUAAGCGAUGACGAUCGGACAAAGUUCUUUCUGACGGAGAGGGACAUUGAUGAUAUGGAAAGACAUAUCGAAAGUCACAAGUUGGAGGUCCAUAUUGCCUUGACUGCCUUUGAAGCGACGAUGGACGACAAGCGUUCCGAGGCUAUCCAAUUAGUGGUUCUGGAAAUGUUCAAAGAAAUCAAGAGAAUUGGAGAGUACUUCUUUAAUCGCAGCCGUGGACCUCCAGAAACGACUCGAGACCCAAUUGGACCGAGACCACAUUAUCGAGACCCAAGAUUCGAGCCAUACCACUACCAACAGCCGUAUCAAUAUAACCAGUACCAACAACCAUAUCAAUAUAUACGACCAUUCGUCUUUCCCGACCUAUCCAGAUUGACAUCCCUUUAUCUGGGUUGGACAUUUACCAAAGGCCGGCCACCAUAUGUCCACAUCAAUACCACAUCCACGCAACCCUCGUGGCGAUGGGCUGUCUGCAGCCAAAUGGCCCUUUCAACCGAAGAGCUGUUCCUGAAAGUUCUGGCCCAAACUACCAGACGCUCCAAGCUCCGGCGUUCGAUUCAAGACGACUGCAAAGACCUGUUGAAAACGAGUGUUCAAAGGCUGCUGGUAGACAAUUUGCUGCGGGAACAGAAUGAGAAUUUGGCCAUGCAACAUCCGGCUUUGGAGUUGAAGUUGGCAGGCUUGUCUUGUAAAACACGGAGGACUGGCUUUUUCAGUCAUGAGACCAAGAGUAUCGAUAUCAUCUUGAAGACGGAAUGGGCUCCUGGUCUUCCGCCGCAUGAUUCGUGGCCACCGGGUGGUGGUGGUGGUCCACCUCCGCCACCUCCUCCUGGAUUCGAUGCUUAUGGCCCUGGUAGGCCCCUUGGAGGGGGAGGAGGAGGAGGAGGAGGGGGAGGAUGGGGCGGAAAGGGUGGUGGUGGCAGUGGCCCUGGACAUCCUCCAGGCGGAGGCGAUGGAGGCACCUUCUAUCAGCAUGGCCCUAGUGGCACCAGGCCAUCUUCUUCCAAGAAACACCCAAAAAGAGUCCAUCAUCCACCUCCACACACAGCACCAUCCAAGUCCGCACCCGAGAUAGUCUCGCGCGAACCACGAAUGUACGUCGUCAGAAAGAAAACCAAAGGCAAGGCCGCUGCCUCAGACAGCGAAAGCAGCCGCCGAGUAUUCAUCCGAGAUAAAAAUGGCAAUCUAACGGUCCACCCUGAACAUCACCGUCCGACAAGCUCUCAUACUGAUCACAUCGAGGGACCGUCAAUAUCAGCUCAGUUCGAUCAUGGCCCCCCUCUACCACCACUGCUUCGUCCAUAUGAAAGCUUCUACGACUCCCAAGUGCGGAUGGAAUACGUGCCUGGUAUUUCCCAUCAAACACGUGCCCACCCACCACGCCCAGUCGCUGAAACGGUAUACUCCGCUUCGUCUUCCUCCUACUCCUCGGACAGCGAGCAUCGCGAGUACUACAGAAUGCCACCCCCACCACCAGCAACAAGCAUGCAAGUCUCAGUCCAGGGGAUGACCCGCGAACAAGAAAAGAAAGUCAUCGAAGAAAUAUUCGCCGAAUGGGAAGACGGCGUAAGCAUCCAACCAACCAGAAGACCAAACACCGCCCACCAAGACUCUCGACACAAAUUGGACAAAGAGCACGAAUCCAGAAUGUCCAGAUCAUCCGCUGUAGUCCCGCAAAUCGGCCCUACACGCCGAAUGAUGAUGGAAGUCGAACACGAAGCUCAAAAGCAAGAGAUCAUUGAAGAAAAGAUCCGCGAGAGACAUCGACUCGGGGAACCGUCUUAUCUGCACACGCGUGAACCACGUCCCAGGCGCACACGCAGCCGCUCGUAUGAGAGAGCGCCGGGACGAAGGAGGCCGGGAGUGAAGAUCGGUCUGGACGGAGGCGGGGAUCCGUACCCGGCGUAUGGAAUGGAUUGGCAGUUCGCUGAUGAGGAGCGGUAUCGUCGUCCUUUCGCCGAGCCUGGAUAUGAUGUACCCGGGCCGUCGAGGCGGUAUGGAGCACCGGGGCCGGAAGUACGGGCUGCUGGAGAGAGACAGUAUAUGCACAUUCAUGGGGCAGAGCCGCGGGUGUAUGUACCAGCGCCAUCUGAGAGACGGAGAGAGUAUGGUAGUGUGCCAUACGUAGAGCCCAGUGAUUUGGUAGUGGAGGAUUCUAUGUCUGAGAGGGUGAGAGUAAUGUCUCCUCGGAGGAGGGAGAGGAGGCGAGAACGUUCUCGUGUAGUUUUGGAGCCAGGACCAGAACCAUCUUCUGAAGAACGUGGUAGGAGGAGGAUUGAGAGGAGGAGUCCUGGUGGGAGCUUGUAUGAUUCGGAUGAGAGGGAAAUGGCUUCAACCUACAGCGAUUGAAUGGUGUGGACGAAUGGGAUGGUCGAAGCUUGCUUUCUAUGUGAUACCCAGAAUUUAGUGUAUGUAUAGUUUAAAAUGGUUCGAAGAGAAG